CUGUACUGAUGAGGAUUAAAGAGGUUCGGGACGCAUUUUACGGAUUUCUACACAUGGGCGACCUCCGUUGCCACUGCUGGCUCCGAUUGGUUCCGCAAGCCGCGGCUCACCCGGUCAGUUCCCGAUUGCUGAAAGCCGUUUUUGCCUUCCACUCUCGACAAGCAUCGGCAUCACAUCAGUAGUGACAGCAGCGCAAGCCUCACACACGCAUAACUUACCUUUGAAAAGUACACACAACCACAAACCUUUUACUUCUUCUUCUUCUUCUUCUUCUUCAACAACCAUGGCUUCCACACUGCGCACCCUCACUCGCCUACCGCGCCACCUCUCCCGUCGUCGUGCAUUCAGCACUUGUCCACGCCUACUGCAACAAUCGCCGUUCGGCUCCGGCCCAGCACCACCGCGUCUCCCCAAAUCAGAACAAGAGAUCUUUGAGAAACUUCAGCGGCAAAGCACCGGCGCGUUUAGCACACCAAGAGACACAGCCACAGCCACAGACGCAGACGCAGCGCCAGCGACAGAGCCAACAGAAAAGCCAAACCUACGCAUGCACAUCAAUCAAUCGCCCGACUCAGCAGCAGACGGGGUACAAGUGCGGUUCGAAAACGGCAAACAGAUCAAAAAAGGAGAGGACCUUCAUCCUAAUAUGCGGAGGGGUGCACCACCUGAGUUCGAAGGCGAUGUCAAUCCCAAGACGGGCGAGGUGGGGGGACCGAAGAAUGAACCGUUGAGGUGGGGGGGUGGUGGGGAUUGGAGUUAUAAUGGGAGGGUCACUGAUUUUUGA